AUGCCGUCAUAUAUCGGCCAAAAUCCACUAACAAAUGACACCAUUGAAUGGUAUUCAACAGAUACUUCAUACUGCACAUUUGACAGUUAUAUUAAAUUUACACCGGCAUAUGGGAGAUAUUUUAAUAACCGAUGUUUAAUACAGGUAUUAUCCACCAAUACUAAACUAUCAUCAUGCAGGUAUGAACAUGUGGAAGAUGCCGAUCACUACACUCUUCAGCUAAAUGGCGGAUAUUGGGCAGUGUCUAGUAACAGAACUCUUGAAUGUGUUCUUGUUCCUGUUAUGCCCAGUUCUGAUGAAAUUGGUGAAUUACCAGCCCGAAAUGUGAAAAAGUUCAUACCACCUGUAUCAUUAGUUCAUGUUCCACCAAAUUCAUUUUAUGCUUGUGCUGAUGGUCAGUUUAAUUUAUAUGGUACACCAGUUAGUAGUAGCAAUACCAGUUUGAUUAUAAUAUCAAAUAAUACAUUAUCUCGUCCAGAUAUUGAUGUGUUUACUGUUCAGAAGACGAUCAAUGAUACAUACUUAUCCAAUUUAUUGAUUCGGACAUUGAUGAUAUCAUUGACUUGA